CGCCCUUCCCUUUCAGAAGGACAGCACCCCGCGUCACGUAACCCAGCCUUCUGGGCUCCACCACCGCCUCCUCCUUCCCAGCUCUUUUCCUCUCCUCCUCCUCCUCCUUCUGCUCCCCUCCGUUGUCUGUUCUUCCUUCCCGCACUCCCGGAGAUAGACGCUCAAGCCUGACGCCUCUGAAAAGGCAGCGGCAGUCGCCUUAUCCACAGACCUCAGGAAAUUCGUUUUGACCGAUGCAUGCUUCGGGCUCAGGCGCGAGCUAAGGGGGAAUAACGGGGCAGAUUUCUGGGUCCUUGCUAAAGACAAAAAUUUAAUCAAAAUGCAUCACCAACACACAACCAAUUGACAUGCUGACAUUCUAGCUUGGCCUUGCAGAGGUGGAGAGAAAAGAAGAGCUGUUGUGAUUUCCACAUCUAACAGCUUCUGGCUAUUCCACAGCUUCUGGGUUUGAACCCUGCUGCUGGGGAGGGAAAAAGAGACGGAGAAUCCAGCCCGCGAGGUCAUGCACAAGGAAUUCUUUGACUACAGUGGUGCUGAAAGUCCAUGAUAUGACGGAAGAAGCAGGUCUUUGAAACUAUACUGGGGUUGAUGAGUGGUGCUCUAAAGUACAAGGAACCACUUUCUCCUUCUGCUUUGACACACUUCAUCUGAGAAGGCAUUCCCACGCAUCCAAAGAUUCUGGCUCAUUGGUGGCUCCUUGUACUUCCCCGAUAAGUGUUUACUUCUUACCUGACUCUAACUACUUCCCUUUUGCCUGGUACCACUGAUGGUACCUGGCAGACGAUGAUUAUUUGAGGAGUGAAGCAUCUGUUGACAUCAUUGAUGCCCUUGAACUAGUUCACUGGACUCAAAUGGAUGAGUGAUUUCCCUUGACCUUCUGUUGACACCUUUUCCAGAACGUUGCUUCCAAAGUGUAUCCUCCCUUUGGUUUGGACGUUUUGUGGCUGCCCUGUACGACUGGGGUCUACGCUUUCCAGUUGGAAGGGGACUACAGGGAGAGAGGGAGGGGUUGCUGGAAGAAGAAGAAGAAAAAAAGAACUAGACAAAGGAGGGUGCGUCCCUCCCACUCCUGCCCAGCCCCCCAUCCUACUUACCCCUGGACCCUUAUUUCGGCAUCACGGUGUCCAGGACCACUUUGACCCUGUCGGCCCCGGCACCCCCCCGCCGCACCCCAGCCCCGAGCAUGGGGACGGCGCUACUCCAGCGCGGGGGCUGCUUUCUCCUGUGCCUCUCGCUGCUGCUCCUGGGCUGCUGGGCAGAGCUGGGCAGCGGGCUCGAGUUCCCGGGCGCGGAGGGCCAGUGGACGCGGUUCCCCAAGUGGAACGCCUGCUGCGAGAGCGAAAUGAGCUUCCAGCUGAAGACGCGCAGCGCCCGCGGCCUCGUGCUCUACUUCGACGACGAGGGCUUCUGCGACUUCCUCGAGCUCAUCCUGACGCGCGGGGGCCGCCUGCAGCUCAGCUUCUCCAUCUUCUGCGCCGAGCCCGCCACGCUGCUGGCGGACACGCCGGUCAACGACGGCGCCUGGCACAGCGUGCUCAUCCGCCGGCAGUUCCGCAACACCACGCUCUUCAUCGACCAGGCGGAGGCCAAGUGGGUGGAGGUCAAGUCCAAGCGGAGGGACAUGACCGUGUUCAGCGGCCUCUUCGUCGGGGGGCUGCCCCCGGAACUGCGCGCCGCGGCGCUCAAGCUCACGUUGGCCUCGGUGCGGGAGCGAGAGCCGUUCAAAGGGUGGAUUCGGGACGUGAGGGUCAACUCCUCCCAGGCCCUGCCCCUGGACAGCGGCGAGGUGAAACUGGACGAUGAGCCGCCCAACAGCGGCGGCGGGAGCCCCUGCGAGGCGGGCGAGGAGGGCGAGGGCGGGGUGUGCCUCAACGGGGGCGUGUGCUCCGUGGUGGACGACCAGGCCGUGUGCGACUGCUCGCGGACCGGCUUCCACGGGAAGGACUGCAGCCAAGAAGACAACAAUGUAGAAGGUCUGGCGCACCUGAUGAUGGGCGACCAAGGUAAAGAAGAAUAUAUUGCCACUUUCAAAGGAUCUGAAUACUUCUGCUACGACUUGUCUCAAAACCCUAUUCAGAGCAGCAGUGACGAAAUAACUCUGUCCUUUAAAACCCUUCAAAGGAAUGGACUGAUGCUUCACACUGGGAAAUCAGCUGAUUAUGUCAAUCUUGCCCUGAAAAAUGGAGCUGUCUCUCUGGUCAUUAAUUUGGGAUCAGGGGCCUUUGAAGCACUAGUGGAGCCCGUGAAUGGAAAGUUUAAUGAUAAUGCCUGGCAUGAUGUGAAAGUCACCAGGAAUCUGCGUCAGCACUCAGGCAUUGGACACGCUAUGGUAAACAAACUACAUUGUUCGGUGACAAUAUCAGUGGAUGGGAUUCUUACCACAACGGGCUACACGCAAGAAGAUUACACCAUGCUGGGGUCUGAUGACUUUUUCUAUGUCGGAGGCAGUCCCAGCACAGCAGACCUUCCAGGGUCACCAGUCAGUAACAACUUUAUGGGCUGUCUCAAAGAGGUUGUAUACAAAAAUAAUGAUGUAAGGCUGGAAUUAUCUCGACUCGCCAAGCAAGGAGACCCUAAGAUGAAGAUCCAUGGAGUAGUGGCAUUUAAAUGUGAGAAUGUUGCAACUUUGGACCCCAUCACCUUUGAAACCCCAGAGUCUUUCAUCUCUUUGCCUAAAUGGAAUGCAAAGAAAACAGGCUCCAUAUCCUUUGAUUUCCGCACCACAGAGCCAAAUGGACUCAUCUUAUUUAGCCAUGGCAAGCCACGACACCAAAAAGAUGCCAAGCACCCACAGAUGAUAAAGGUCGACUUCUUCGCUAUUGAGAUGCUGGAUGGCCACCUCUACCUCCUCCUAGACAUGGGGUCAGGUACAAUAAAAAUCAGAGCUCUGCAGAAGAAGGUGAAUGAUGGAGAAUGGUAUCACGUAGACUUCCAAAGAGAUGGCCGGUCAGGUACCAUUUCUGUCAACACGCUGCGCACACCCUACACGGCUCCCGGGGAGAGUGAGAUUCUGGACCUGGACGAUGAGUUGUACCUGGGGGGCUUGCCCGAAAAUAAAGCCGGCCUCGUCUUCCCCACUGAGGUGUGGACUGCUCUGCUCAACUAUGGCUACGUGGGCUGCAUCAGAGAUUUGUUCAUCGACGGCCAGAGCAAAGAUAUCCGGCAAAUGGCUGAAGUUCAAAGUACUGCUGGAGUGAAGCCCUCCUGCUCAAGGGAAACAGCAAAACCGUGCCUUAGCAACCCUUGCAAAAACAAUGGCAUGUGCAGGGAUGGGUGGAACAGAUAUGUCUGCGAUUGUUCCGGAACAGGCUAUCUUGGCAGGUCCUGUGAGAGAGAGGCGACUGUUUUGAGCUAUGAUGGGAGCAUGUUUAUGAAAAUUCAGCUCCCCGUGGUCAUGCACACAGAGGCUGAGGAUGUGUCCUUACGGUUUCGAUCCCAGCGUGCGUAUGGCAUUCUCAUGGCAACCACCUCGAGAGACUCGGCAGACACCCUCCGCCUGGAGCUGGACGCAGGGCGUGUGAAACUGACGGUCAACCUAGAUUGUAUCAGGAUUAACUGUAAUUCCAGCAAAGGUCCCGAGACCCUUUUUGCCGGCUAUAACCUCAAUGAUAACGAAUGGCACACAGUGCGUGUGGUUCGUCGAGGAAAAAGUUUAAAGUUAACGGUGGAUGACCAACAGGCCAUGACAGGUCAAAUGGCAGGGGAUCACACCAGGCUGGAGUUUCAUAACAUAGAGACUGGCAUCAUCACUGAACGACGGUAUCUGUCUUCUGUCCCCUCCAACUUCAUUGGGCACCUUCAGAGCCUGACAUUUAAUGGAAUGGCAUACAUUGACUUGUGUAAAAAUGGCGACAUAGAUUACUGUGAGCUCAAUGCCAGAUUUGGCUUCCGGAACAUCAUAGCAGACCCUGUUACCUUCAAGACAAAAUCGAGCUAUGUUGCCUUAGCUACAUUGCAAGCCUACACUUCUAUGCAUCUUUUUUUCCAGUUCAAGACCACGUCCCUAGAUGGACUAAUUCUUUAUAACAGUGGGGAUGGAAAUGACUUUAUUGUGGUUGAAUUAGUGAAAGGGUACUUACAUUAUGUGUUUGAUUUGGGAAAUGGUGCUAACCUCAUCAAAGGGAGCUCAAAUAAACCUCUCAAUGACAAUCAGUGGCACAACGUGAUGAUAUCAAGGGACACCAGCAAUCUCCACACUGUAAAGAUCGACACGAAAAUCACAACGCAAAUCACCGCAGGAGCCAGGAACUUGGACCUCAAGAGUGACUUGUAUAUAGGAGGAGUGGCAAAAGAAACAUACAAAUCCUUGCCGAAACUCGUCCAUGCCAAGGAGGGCUUUCAAGGCUGCCUGGCUUCAGUUGAUUUAAAUGGACGGCUUCCAGACCUCAUCUCAGAUGCCCUUUUCUGCAAUGGACAGAUUGAAAGAGGAUGUGAAGGGCCCAGCACAACCUGCCAGGAGGACUCGUGUUCCAACCAAGGUGUGUGCCUGCAGCAGUGGGACGGCUUCAGCUGUGACUGCAGCAUGACUUCUUUCAGCGGGCCUCUCUGCAAUGACCCUGGGACAACAUAUAUCUUUAGCAAAGGUGGUGGACAAAUCACGUAUAAGUGGCCUCCGAAUGACCGGCCAAGUACUCGAGCGGACAGACUGGCCAUAGGGUUUAGCACUGUGCAGAAAGAGGCUGUAUUGGUGCGAGUGGACAGUUCUUCUGGCCUGGGGGACUACCUAGAGCUGCAUAUACACCAAGGAAAAAUUGGAGUUAAAUUUAAUGUUGGGACAGAUGACAUCGCCAUCGAAGAGUCCAAUGCAAUCAUUAACGAUGGGAAAUACCAUGUAGUCCGUUUCACGAGGAGUGGUGGCAAUGCCACAUUACAGGUGGACAGCUGGCCCAUGAUCGAGCGCUACCCUGCAGGAAACAAUGAUAACGAGCGCCUGGCGAUUGCUAGACAGCGAAUUCCAUAUCGACUUGGUCGAGUAGUUGAUGAAUGGCUACUCGACAAAGGGCGUCAGCUCACAAUCUUCAAUAGCCAAGCAACCAUAAUAAUUGGCGGGAAAGAGCAGGGCCAGCCCUUCCAGGGCCAGCUCUCUGGGCUUUACUACAAUGGCUUGAAAGUUCUGAAUAUGGCAGCCGAAAAUGAUGCCAACAUCGCCAUAGUGGGGAAUGUGAGACUGGUUGGUGAAGUGCCUUCCUCUAUGACAACUGAGUCGACAGCCACUGCCAUGCAGUCAGAGAUGUCCACGUCAAUCAUGGAGACCACCACGACCCUGGCCACUAGCACAGCCAGGAGAGGAAAGCCCCCCACGAAAGAACCCAUUAGCCAGACCACCGAUGAUAUCCUUGUGGCCUCAGCAGAGUGUCCCAGUGAUGACGAGGACAUUGACCCCUGUGAGCCGAGCUCAGGUGGGUUAGCCAACCCAACCCGAGCAGGGGGAAGAGAGCCAUACCCAGGCUCAGCAGAAGUGAUUCGGGAGUCCAGCAGCACCACGGGCAUGGUGGUGGGGAUAGUAGCCGCUGCCGCCCUGUGCAUCCUCAUUCUCCUCUAUGCCAUGUACAAGUACAGGAACCGGGAUGAAGGCUCAUACCACGUGGACGAGAGUCGAAACUACAUCAGUAACUCAGCACAGUCCAAUGGGGCUGUUGUAAAGGAGAAACAACCCAGCAGUGCGAAAAGCGCCAACAAAAAUAAGAAAAACAAGGAUAAAGAGUAUUACGUCUGAUUCCAAGAUCCUAAAAGGACCCUUGUAUAGAAAUAGUCUUCAUUUUAUCUGAGACAUAAUAUAAACUUAUUUACUUUCCUUUUUAUGAAGCACAUACAAAAGAAGACAGGGAAUGCAAUCAGGAAGGAAAGACUGUUUUUAAAAAAUAAAAACAAGUAUCUCAUGCUCUUGUUUCUCCAAAAAAGAAAAAAAAAAGCAGGGGCCAAUAAAUUCCCUAACAUC